AUGUCUUGGUUAUUUGGUUAUAAAAGACCGGUGUCGGAUCUUCCAUCUCAAGGUUCAGGUGGAAGUAGUGAAAGCUCAUCAUCAUCAUCAAAAAAUGAUGGAAAUGAAAAACCUUCAUCAACCGAUGGCAACUCUAAAGUUUACGCCAGUCGUGAAUCGAUAUAUAAAUUUGAUUCGGGCGCACUUGAACGAGCUGCUCAAGCAGCCAAAGAACUUGAACGUUCAAAAUAUGCUAAUCAAGCAUUCGAUGUUGUUAAAAUGCAAGAGCAAACAAAACAACUUGAAAUACAGAAGCAAAUGAAAGAGUAUUCUCAACAUGAUGAAGAAAUUCGUUUCAAACAUCAACUACAAUUAAAUGAAGAAAAACGACGAAUGAUGAAUGAUGAAACUCAUCAUCAAAAUGAAAGAGCAAAAUUUCAAGAUCAAUUAGCCCGAAAACGUAUGCAAGAUCAAGCUGCUGAAAAGGCUCGUCUACACGACCAAGAACUUCGUCAACAAGAAGACUCAGUUCGAAAACAAGAAGAAAUGAAACAACGUUCAAUUGAAUAUGCUGAACAAGUUCGUCAUCAGUAUGAAAUGAAACGCCUUGAAGCAGAACUAAAAGGCAAAGCUCAAAUCGAAAGAGAGAAUCGUGAAAUUUAUCUCGAACAAAUCAAACUUAAAGCUGAAGAACAACGUAAAACAAUUCUCGAAAGUAUUAAAACAGCAGGUACUGUUGUUGGAUCUGGUAUAACAAGUUUACUUGAAAAUCCAAGUAAAGUUCUUAUGGCAACUGGUGGUAUUACAUUACUUGCUCUUGGUGUUUAUUCAGCACGUGGUGCAACUCAAACAGCCGUUAAGUAUAUUGAUUCACGUCUUGGUAAACCAUCAUUAAUUCGUGAAACAUCUCGAACCACACUACUUACUGCACUUCGUUCACCGGUGAAAACCAUACGGUUUCAUUUUUUUUCGAAAGCUGAAGAUUCAUUGAAAGGCGUCGUCCUUGAUCCAGCACUUGAAUCUCGUCUACGUGAAAUAGCUAUAGCAACAAGAUUUACAAAACGAAAUUAUGGCUUAUUUAGAAAUUUACUUAUGCAUGGACCACCAGGAACUGGUAAAACUCUAUUUGCUAAGAAAUUAGCUGCUCAUUCAGGUCUUGAUUACGCUAUAAUGACUGGUGGUGACGUAGCCCCAUUAGGUCGUGAAGCAGUUACUGCUAUACAUAAAGUAUUCGAUUGGUCACAAACAAGUCGUCGCGGUCUUUUGUUAUUUAUUGAUGAAGCUGAUGCAUUUUUAAGAAAACGAGCUACAGAAAAAAUCGGAGAAGAUAUGCGUGCAGCACUGAAUGCAUUUCUUUAUCGCACUGGUGAACAAUCGAGUCGUUUCAUGCUAGUUUUGGCAAGUAACGAACCUGAACAGUUUGACUGGGCAGUAAACGACCGCCUUGAUGAAAUGGUACAAUUUAAUAUACCAAGUUUAGAAGAACGUCGCCGAAUGACUUUUCUUUAUUUUGAUACCUACAUAUUAAAGUCAGCGGAACGUCGUCGUCCAAUUAAAAUCGGUUCAUUUGAUUUCGAAAAAAAAUGUGAAGAACUAGCACAACGUACAGAUGGCUUUUCCGGUCGUGAAAUAGCUAAAUUACUAGCUGCUUGUCAGGCAUCUGCUUAUGCAUCUGAAGAUGGUACAUUAACCGAAGAAAUGAUCGAUAAAAAGUUACGUGAUGCACUUGAGAGCCACAGUAAAAAAGUUCAAUGGCGUGCAGAAGAAGAACGCUGA